AUGGAACUCGUUAAUAAGUGUAGUCCAUGGAUAAAGAAAGAGUUUGUGUCCGUGGCAAUAAUAGCUAUUGCUGGAUUGGUACUGUUAUCAACGUUCACAGUCCAAUAUGAACUGCAAUAUGAUGAGAUACAAUGGUCGUCCGACAAGAAUGUCACAGUGGAGGUGAACCACGACGAACGAUUUUAUUACUACGGCAUGGUGGUCAAUGAACUGAGGAGCGAUGGCAACAACACAGAUUGGUUCAAGAUCUACAAAGACUACUGGCCAAAGGGUUUCAGUCUGAUGACGUCCAUCCUGUCGCUCAAGAUCAUUGCCAUUGGCUUCCUGGCCGCAUCGUUCAUAUUCGCGCUGAUCUAUCUCGAUGGCCACAGGACGACCAAUCACAAUGCGCCAAUCAUCUUCAUCACGCUGUACCAUAUAUCGCUACUGUUUGUAUUCGUGUCGGUCGUCACCAUAUGCAACCUCACCAAGGCGUUCAGGUCCAAUCCAUACCAUUCCUGCAUCGAUGAGCAAGGUGAAUACGUCAGACAUUGCCAGACAUUGACUGGAAGUUACUCUGAUCAAAGAUAUAUAAGCUACGAAUGGGGUUUCCAAUAUGGAUGGUACAUUGGACUUGGAUCGUUGCUGGCAUAUUUAGUGGUCGAGAUCCCAGUGAUGUUGUUGUAUAGGAGUUCAAGGAUGCCAAAGACCAACUCGAGAACCAAUCUGUUGUUUGAGAGGAAGAUGACCUCAUCCAUGGAGAUGAAGGCACGUGUCGAGCCAGCGGCCGUAGCAACACCAGUGGUAACAGUGACAGCGCCAAAGCAAUAA